AUGGCAGCUUGCUAUGCUGACCAUGGCCUCGCGCGAUUUCAAGAGUUGGCCAAGGUAAACCACGUUCAGCUUCCUGACGACAUGGAUCUGCUUCUCCCUUUUCUUUCGGCAAUGGGCCCGGAAGAAGCUCUCCUGCACUUCGUGGACUCGGGCAGAGGAGAUCCGGAUGACGAGGAUGGUCCGUUGGCGGCAAAUUCCAACAGUGCUCCGAUUUCUGCAACAAUCCUCGGGAUGCCACAGGCAGUUUCUGGAGAGCUGAACGGUUCGGAGCAGGCUGCAAUCGACGAUGCGAUGAUGUCCUCCAGUUUGAGCGCGCAAGAGGAGAAAGUCAAGAAGUUCCGUUCGGAGAUGAGCAGCGCUGGGCCGUGGUCUGAGGCACAGCCGCUGGUCAUGCAGAUUUCGACCGAGAGCGAAGAGCAGAACAUCUAUUCCGGUCAAUUAUAUGUGUUUCAAUUCAGGGUGGAAUCAGCUGGCCCGUUGUCCCUCGAGAUUCGCAGCGAUGGCCCCGAGUUGCGGGUCCAGCCUUCAUCUAUCAGCUUCGAUGCUUCCGAGAACGUGCCGGUGUACGUGUCGAUCUCGGUGUAUGCACCCUCCCGAGAACUCUCAGGCACGCGGAUUGUGACGCUCCAAGGAGGUGAGUGGAAGCGGAGCCUUCGGGUGCGAUUUCAAGCGCUGCCAGGUGUGGCGCAGCUUCUGCUGCAUGACGAACUCCGAGCACCAGCUGGGCCGUGGCCGUUGUUGCGGUGGAGCGACAGCGGUGCACCGCAACUUGUAGAGUCAACACUCCGCAAGUUAGAAGAGCUUCCCCCCCGGCCGGUCGCGGUCAUCUCGAUUGUUGGGGCAUACCGACAAGGAAAAUCACACUUGCUGAACCAACUGGCAAACGUUGUGGGUAUGGGCUUUGACCUCGGCCAUACGACACAAGGCCACACAGAAGGCUUUGAUUGCAUCCUCAUGCGCCACUGGGAGAAGGAUGAGUACGUCUUGAUUCUCGACACGGAAGGCACCGAGGAUGUGGCAAAAAAUGAGAAGCGAAGCACAGACAUUCUGGUUCUGGCAUGGCUGCUAUCCUCCACAGUGGUAUACAACACCCUGCAUGUGCCACAAAGACAGAGCGCAGACAUCCUCCAGGCUGCCACACUCCUGGCACACCAGGUGCAGAGUUCGAUGGAACGAGAUGAGGAAACAGGUGAGACGGGGAGCUAUCCAUCGCUGACCUGGGUGGUUCGCGAUUGGGCUCUUGAGCUACCCGAUGGACAGGAUCUCCAGAGCUACCUGGAGGGCCUCUUGCCUUCCCGGGGCAUCUCCAGGAAGACCAAGGAGGCCCGGAGGACUGCGGAGGAGGGCGUCGACCAGCUUGAGAAGCUCUUCCCGCGGCGCCAAAUGCUCACUGUGAUCCGUCCCGUCGCUGACGAGGCGGACCUGCAGCGCUUGGAGAGCCCAGAGGUGCAGCGCAGGGUCCGGCCGCAGUUCACGCAGCAAAUCUCCGAGGCCUGCAAUGCAAUUCGUUCCCAAAGCCGUGCCAAGUGCGUCGGAGGGACUACGUUGCAAACGGGUGCAGUGAUGACGCAGUACAUGAGGGAGGUGGUGCAAGCUGUGAAAUCAGGCGAGAAUCUCAUCAUUGAAAGCGCUUGGGCAAGAGUUCAAGAAGCUCUCGCAGAGAAGGCCCUGUGCGCAGCGAGCAAACUCUUUGACGAACUCCUUCGUACUGGCUUGGACAGCCUGAAAGCACAGAUUCAGCGGAGCCAUCUAGUGGCCCAGUACUGCAGCCGCAGCGAUUGUGUGCCGCUGGAAGAGGAAGAGAUGGAGCGUAUCGUUGAGGAAGCUUCGGAGAAAGCACGGGCCAAACUGGCGGGGCUCGCUCACGGAUGUGAGCCAACUCGUCGGCACGGCACGGAGGUGGCACUGCAGCAGCAUGCUAUCCAAGAGCUCAAGCAGCUGAAGAGCGAGAAUCGUGAGCUGUCAGAGACAUACUGCAGCCUCGUGGCUGAAAACGUUUGCAUGCUGCUACACUCAGAGGUGUCGAGCUCAAGCGGUACAGAUUUGGGACUCCAGGACUUGCUGAAAAUCGCCGUGGACGAGUACGGCUCCAGUGCUAGGGGACCUGCAAAAUGCAGGGUGGGCCACAGGCACAUGGAACGCAUGAGUCGAGAGGUGGGUCUUCGCCAAGAUGCUCGAGAGCAGUUGCGCAUGCAGCAGGAGGAGUCCCAGCAUCUGAUGCUGCUGCAGGAGGCCCAGCAUCUGGAGGACUUGGAGAAGAAGGAGCUAGCACAACGGGAUGCAAAUUGGCAGUUGCUGCAGGUGCCCGGCUUGCAGCUAGCGGUCGAGGCCCAACUCCAGGAGGCCUCCGAGACAUUGCAGCGCCUGGCUCAGGAGUCGGAGUCCCAGCAACGGCGGUGGCUGAGGAGAUUCGAGCAACUCGCCCAGGACCAAGAGCAGAACCAGGGCGCUCUCAGACGACAGCACGAGCAGCAACAACGGGAGUUGGCCCGGCAGCAGGAGGACAUGCGCCGGCGCGUGGAGCGCUUGAAGCACGAACAGGGAGCCAAAGAACGUCAGAUCAAAGAUCUUUCGGCCGAGGUUACACGCUUGGCUAAUCGUCCUGCAGAAGUUAUCGAGCGGAGGUCAACUUGCUCACUGAUGUGA